AUGAGUACCAAUGACACCCAGCCCCUUGGUGGUGUACCGCCCGGGGCGCCUCAGCACACCUGCUGUCCAAGUCAAAGCUGGACACGCGACGGCUACCCCAUCGUCGACGGCAAAUACCACGACCUCGUCACCCACAAAAUCAAGACGCACACCGGUCUCGUCCGCGGAGGCCCGCCCUUGACAUCUGUGUACUGGCAGGAUCGCGCCCCCGUCGGCCGUCCCGGUCACUUCGUCGCCAUGGGCGCGAUGAGCAGGCACAAGGGGACCGAGUAG